GUGAUUUUGCUUUGCCUAAUGCUGUCUGCCAUAAGUGGGAGCGAGAAACUUGCAGCUAAUUUAGUUAUGGAACUGCUACUAACCUGAAUAUUUUCUCCGAAGCUUAUUUACGACGUUUCUCGUUGUCUAUGCAAUAGAUACGCAUCCUGAGCGAUACAUACGGUUUUAAGCUUUCUGUGACAAAUGUGUAGUAAAAAUGAAGGAAAACGCUGUACUUAAGUGGCAAAAAGUGUACAAUCCCAGCGGCCCCCAACCACGACCCCGCCAUGGUCAUCGUGCGGUUGCUAUUAAAGAUUUGAUGAUUGUAUUCGGCGGCGGAAAUGAAGGGAUUGUUCAUGAGCUUCAUGUCUUCAACACCUCAACAAAUCAAUGGUUCGUUCCCGUCACCAAGGGAGAAGUGCCCCCCGGCUGUGCUGCCUACGGUUUCGUCGUAGAUGGGACCCGUCUUCUGGUUUUUGGCGGUAUGGUUGAGUACGGCAAGUAUUCCAAUGACCUGUACGAACUUCAAGCUUCCAGGUGGGAAUGGAAACGUCUCAAGCCCCUUCCUCCUAAACAAGGACUGCCGCCAUGCCCCAGGCUCGGUCAUAGCUUUACUUUAUUGAAUGGUAAAGUUUACUUAUUUGGUGGAUUGGCAAAUGAAAGUGAUGAUCCUAAAAAUAAUAUUCCAAGGUAUUUAAAUGAUUUGUAUACUCUUGAAUUGUAUCCGAGUUCGUCGAUGACGGUUUGGGAUAUACCAUUAACUUACUGUCAAUCACCACCACCCCGAGAGUCACACAGCGGUGUUGCCUACACUGACAAGAAUACAGGAAAGUCCUCAUUAAUAAUCUAUGGGGGAAUGAGUGGUUCACGACUGGGAGAUUUGUGGGUUCUUGAUGUUGACAGCAUGUCUUGGUCUCGGCCCGAGUUAGGUGGUCCAGCACCAUUGCCCCGUUCACUUCAUACUGCUACAGUCAUUGGACAUCAUAUGUAUGUAUAUGGAGGUUGGGUGCCACUCGUCUCUGAUGAAUCAAAACUUGCCACCCAUGAAAAGGAAUGGAAAUGUACAAAUACACUCGCUUCCCUUAAUCUUGAAACUAUGACAUGGGACAAUAUUGCCCUGGAUAAGUUUGAGGAAUGUGUUCCUCGGGCACGAGCCGGGCACAGUGCUGUGGCCAUACAGACAAGGCUCUACAUAUGGUCUGGUAGGGAUGGAUAUAGAAAAACUUGGAACAAUCAAAUUUGCUGCAAGGACUUGUGGUAUCUGGAAGUGGGUGUGCCUCCGCAAGCAGGCAGGGUAGCUCUUGUGCGUGCUGGAACUACUUCACUUGAACUCUGCUGGCCUGGUAUGAGCACUGUCACCACCUAUCUUCUUCAAGUACAAAAAUGUGGCAAAGUGACACCGGCUCGAUUCCCCGCUGCAGCAGAACCGGUAUCUGCUCCUCCUCCUGCCUCUCCU